AUUCGGCCAUCGAGGUUCCCGAUUCCCGAGCUCCAAAACACCGACCGUACGAAAUACUUUAUACAACAACCACCACUCUACCACCCAAGGUCUGAAUCACGAUGACGUCCCCACGCCUGGUGUGGCAGCCAAUGCGCCACUGCAAAAGCAGCAGCAGCAUACUCGCACAACAAACACAACAACCAACCCGUUUCCUCUCAUCCACAGCAUCCGCAUCACAAGCCGCUGCAUCCUCGAACCCCCCCAACACCAACAACAACACCAACACCUCCCAACCAAACCCCAACCCACACCCAAACCCGGCGGCCCCGAAACCAAAAAAGCCCCUCACCCCCGCCCAGCAAGCCUUCCUCUCCUCAGCCCUGCGCGUCAACCAAGCAGGCGAGCUCGCCGCGACCCUAAUCUACACAGCGCAGACCCCGCCCGUCGUCGCGCGCGAACCGCACCUCCGGCCCCUGAUGCGGCACAUGUACGAGCAAGAGGCCGGCCACCUAUCCACCUUCAACGCGCUCAUCGCCAAGCACCGGGUGCGGCCGACGGCGCUGUACCCGGUGUGGUCGGCGCUGGCGACGGGGCUGGGGUGGACGACGGGGGCGCUGGGCCGGGAGGCGGCGAUGGCGUGCACGGAGGCGGUGGAGACGGAGAUUGGGGGGCACUAUAACGCGCAGAUUAGGCGGUUGUUGGAGAUGGUGGGGGAGUGGGAGGCGGAGGGGUAUGAGGUUGGGGGGGAGUUGCGCGAGCUGAUUGGGACGCUGCGGCGGAUUCGCGAUGAGGAGCUGGAGCAUCUGGAUCAUGCUGUUGAGCAUGAUGCGAAGAAGGCGGAGCCGUAUUGGUUGUUGACGGGGGUUAUUCGUGCGGGGUGUCGGGGUGCGAUUUGGGUUAGUGAGAGGGUUUGA